AUGUCGCGCGUUACAGACCGCCACAAGCCCGACGACGAGGACGCGAGCCGCCUCAAGUUCCCGCAGAGCUUCGGCGAUGAGGACACGCAGCGGAACAUGCUGACCAUCAGUGAGGUCAAACUUGUACUCGAGUCGCUCGACAACCCGCCCGACAACGCCGUCUACAACAAGACAAAGGAUUACGUCGACACCUUUGCGCGGUUCUACGACCACGAGACGGCGUCCAACGUGCGCAGCUCCUUCCCGAACCCGCCUUUCCAGUUCUUCGAGCAGGUUCAGCUGGUCAACUUGUGUCCGAUGGAGGCUGAGGAGGCAAAGGCUUUGGUACCCAGCAUCCAAGUCGAGGACGAUCAGCUGCAGCAGUACCUCGACGACAUGACUCGCGCACGGAAAGCACAACAACCGCCAGCUUGA